AUGCCGGGGGAUUCGUCGUCCUCCCCCCGGGCGUCUGAGUCCUCUUGUAUGGGCUCGACGUCGUCCGCGUCUGCUGAUCGCCAUGCCCGCUCAGAUUCGCCUGUAUCGCUGGCGGAGGUCUACGACGCGCUGAGGCGCGUCGGCGAGCAUCUGCAUCGGCAAGGGGGGGGGUCGCGGAAGAGAAGCGCCGGGCUCGGUUUGUGGCUGUCGCCUGGCAUCCUUCCUUCUUCGCUCAGGAGUCCAGCGGGGGCCGUAGUUUUGAUCUAUUUCAAAGGCAGACGGUGGAGCAGCACCGGCAUCCACGCUGCGUUGUCUCUCUGUCCUCAUCACCCGCCUUUGCGCCAGGGGCCCUUGAACGCGACGCGUAAGGCGACUCCGCCGCUUCCCUCAGGGAACGACGGAGCUCCCGACGCGUCUCGUGCCGUCGACGAGCCCGCGGAGCUUUGCUCUACUUCGUCGUCGUUGCGUUCCUCUCCCGCGUCGCCCUCCUCCCCCCCUCCGUGGGCGCCGCACCCAGACCAGGCCGCUGCCGCCUCGCCCGCGUGCGCGUGUGCUGAGCGGCGAUCCUUGCCGCUGUUGGUCCUGACCACGGAGGAGGCCUUUUUCCUCCUGUCGGGUGACUCCAACCGCGCGGAGGCGUCGACUUUGGUCCUUUUCGACGCGGAGACCGCCCGGCAACUCACCGUGUUCGACCUCCUCUUCCUCCUGCUGGAAAGGCGCACUGAGCCGCCGACAACCAGCCAGUCCGACUGUCUGCAGCAGCGCCAAGCAUUGGCUGAAGCAGCUGGCGACGAGCGCCCCCUGCCGUCUGCACUCGACAGCGAGCAAGUCAAAGCGAGCGGCUGCAGAGACUCAAAGCGUAGGAGAGGGGCCUCCGCCUCUGAGACACCAGGUCACACGCCUUGUGCUGCGCGCGAAGGCGGCUCACCGCCCCGAGGAAGAAUUCCAAAAUGCAAACAGGCCUGCGACCCCCAGCAGGGACCCGCUGAAGAAGAGGCGACGCAGGAGGGAGGAGCUCCGGGGCGAAGACGGAGCGCGCCUCCGUUCGAGGAUGGAGCCUCAUCGCGUGUUUCCCAGUUUGCAGAGAGCCGGCCUUUCACCUGGCAGGACCUGCAGGUCUACCUCCAGCUCAAGUCGCUGGGGCUGCCCAUCCGAAAUCGGGAGGGCGCCAGUCUCGCGAGGGCGAUCCGCAGGUGCCCAAUUCACGUUUCUCCGCGCUUCCUUGCUCUCUCGGUCGCGGACGUGGGCUCUCCCGCGGGUCUUUGCCAGGCGCCCAGCGCAGAUGCUGUGGGGUCAGUUCCCUUUCUCGAGAUCGUCCGUGCAGGCAGCGCGAAGGCGGAGGCGCGCAGGGUGGAGAGCGCUGGAGGUUCGGCCAAGGUCGCCUCCUGCGCGGAGACCCGCGCUCUGGCUCCGUGGUUCCUCUCUUUCGAACGGAAACACCAGAGGCGACAGCCAGGCGCGGACGAGGCGCCAGGGGGGGGCCUAGAGAAUGUCCCGCGCGUGUGCCAGCGCGCGCGACCCUCCGCGCCCGCAGACGCAGACUGCCUCUGGGCUGAUUCGCUGCUCGGGGCGGCCGCCGACAGUGCUGACAGCGAAAGCCCCUGCGAGGCUUGCACGGAGAGCGACUGGAGUCUCAGCGAAGGCGAGGAGUCAACCGGCGCGGACCUAGGCGAGAGGCCUGCUGCGCUUAUGGGGCCUCGAACGAAGCGUGCCGCCAGCGGCGAAGGUCUCUCGGCGAGGGAGCCCGCCGGAAACUCACACGGGCCGCUGGCGCGCUGCGCCACUGUGUUGCCAGUCUUCGCAGUGAGCCCUGAGGCAGCCGCAGGCCCCUUCCUCCUGAGUGAGUUCGGCCGAGAUGUCUCGUGUGAUGCCGCGCUCGACGCAUUACCGCACGCUGAAGCGAGUGAAGGGCACGCUGACGGCGACAACGCGGCGAGCAGUCAGUUCGGAGGAGACAGCAGUUCACAGAUAGGCGCACAUACGACAGCCCCUGGAGCUGGAGAGCCGCGAGAUAUGCGGAGCGUGACGUCGUCGGCAGUGGUGGUGGCGCCUGUGUCUGGCGAAGGAAACGUGGCUUUUCUUGCGGUGAGGAAGUUUGCGGUUCUAUAA